UUGUCUGUUAAGUGGGAGGCUUAAGUCUCAUCAGAGUGGAGAAGUUAAUUUCCCCAUUUCACUGAGGUUAGGUUUUUACAGAAAUGUAACUCUGUGUACCUUGCAGAAUCUGCAGGAGAGCAGAGCUGAUCUGUGUUGAGACAGAUCUCCCACACGGCUGUGAAAACAAGUGCACAAAUUCAGAAUAGCUGGAUGUAAAUCUGAAGUAACUGUCAUGGAGAUUGAUGUUCUCUCUAGGAGUUAAUCUAGAUUUACAUCAGGGUAACUGUGACCAGAAUCUCUUAGGAUUCAUCUUUGCUAGACUUUAGUAACUCACUAAAUUAAUUGCUAAUUAACUUGAGAUGGUUGAUUAUUGUGGAUGCUUCCCACAUACUUCUUCUGCCUUACCGUUAUAGAAUUUAAAGACAGAGCUCCACUGGAUCAGACCAGAUCUUACCUAUUCUGAGUUCCUUCUUGUCAAAGACUGUUUUCUUCACCUAGAUAUGAACACACUGAGUGCAGUCAGCAGACAUUACAUGAAAGCUCUGCAGUCCUCAGAAAUUCAACCUUGUGCACAUUUGGGUCAAAACCAGCAGAGACACAGCAGCCCAUAUUGCUGAAGGCACUUAGAAUAAGGAAGGGGUUUAAAGAGGUCCUGCAAGGUAGUCCCAGAUUGUCCUUGAAGGCUGACCUUGCCAGUUUCUACAGUGGAGAUGGCAGUAUGAGACUUCCCCUUGACAUAAGUACAGCAGUCAGCUUGAAGUGGUUUCACCACUGAGAUAUCUAAGAAACAGCAUGAGCUACCUCCACUCAAAAUGCUCCUUCCCUUGUGUGUCAGAAAGCAGUUGCUUUGGUUCUUUAAUUCCAUACAAAAUAGGUUGCACCAUGAAAUAUUUCAUGGUAGAAUACUAGUUUGCAGUAUCCAAGGCCAUUGGGAGGGGAAAUGCCCAGAGUCAUUCCUUCAAAGUCUGACAUUGAGGCACUUGUAAAUUCUGCUUCCUUUCCUUUUCAGAUUUCACCAUCAGUAUUACACUCACAAGGCACACCUUUCAUGUAUGUGUUUUGUAUGGUUUAAAUGAAAUUGGGAUGCUAGAACUGCUGUAGUUGGGGCAAGGAGGUUUUAUGACUGCUUUACUUGAAAACUAAAUCCAGUUUCUGCUCCAGGUCCUUCCAGAAUGGAAGCAGAGAAGAACAGUAAAAGCAAAUCAACUUGAGAACCUCUAAUGCCCUUGAAAAUAGCAAAAGGAUCUGCACCAGUGUUGAAAGCAAAACUACAUUUGACCUCUAUUCAAUAAAAGAGUUCUAGUGCAUGAAGGACGUAAAUGAUAAUCCCGGAGGACCAUCUGGCCUGGAGCAGACAUUGGAACCAAGCUACGAUGUGACUGAAAGAACUGAGUGCAAGUCAGAUGGUUGUUCCAGUCCAGCCGUUAUGGAGUCAAUGGAUGAAGCUGAAGGACAGCAAGAAGAGCUGAACAGGAAGGAGCAGUCCCUGAAAACCUCUCAGAAAACAGCAGUGCUUGGUUGGCCACCUCGAUGGAAUGGAUUAAUGCCUGGAGACAGCAUGUAUCUGUUUGUCCUCUCACAGAUACUGCUUUUCUGCAUGAUGCUGUGGUACGGCACUUAUGGGACCAUCCCAGCAGCUCAGAAUGCCUUUGACCUGCUCUCGUACUUGCUUACACCAUUUAAACAGGUUUUGUCAGAUCAAGGGGAGAACCUGACUACAGUUGGGAGCAUUGUGGUGUCAUACAUCGUGCUGUCUUUAGCUUCUCUAGGACUGCUAUCUGUAGGAUCUCUGUUUUGGUAUCUACUCAGAGCCCGACCAGACCCCCCCUUCCCGCUACAAGAGGACAGACGCCAAUCUGUGAGCCGGCAGCCUUCAUUCACGUACUCAGAGUGGACAGAGGAUAAAAAUGAGGAUGACUUCCUAGAUUUGGACCCCGUACCGGAGACUCCGGUCUUUGACUGCGUAAUGGACAUUAAAGCGGAGACAGACCCAGCUACUCUAACGGUUAAAUCCGUGGGCUUGCAAGAAAGGAGAGGUUCAAAUGUUUCACUCACACUGGAUAUGUGUACCCCAGGCUGUUCUGAGCAAGGUUUUGGCUAUGUCAUGUCACCACGAGAACAGUCAGCCCGAGAAUACCUCCAGACAGCAUCAAACAUUCUUACUGAAGAGGAACUGCACAAGAAAGCACUGGAUCCUUUCAUACUCCAGGCAGAGUUCUUUGAAAUUCCAAUGAACUUUGUUGACCCAAAGGAAUAUGAUAUUCCAGGCUUAGUGCGUAAGAAUCGCUACAAAACAAUUCUCCCGAAUCCUCACAGCAGAGUGUGCCUUACCUCAGCUGAUCAGGACGAUCCCCUCAGCUCUUACAUCAAUGCUAACUACAUCAGGGGCUAUGGAGGAGAGGAAAAGGUAUAUAUUGCUACUCAGGGACCGAUAGUUAAUACUGUCACUGACUUCUGGAGAAUGGUGUGGCAGGAGCGUUCUCCCAUCAUUGUCAUGAUUACCAAUAUAGAAGAGAUGAAUGAGAAAUGCACAGAAUAUUGGCCAGAGGAACAGGUCACCUAUGAAGGAAUAGAAAUCACAGUUAACAGAGUCAUACAAGCAGACGAUUACCGUUUAAGGCUCAUCACCCUGAAGAAAGGAGAAGAAGUCAGAAACCUGAAACAUUACUGGUACACGUCUUGGCCAGACCAGAAGACACCAGAUCAAGCCCCUCCUCUGUUACAGCUAGUGCUGGAAGUGGAAGAGGCCAUGCAGAGUGCAGAGGAGAAGAAUGCCCCAGUGAUUGUUCACUGCAGUGCAGGCAUCGGGAGGACUGGCUGCUUUAUUGCAACUAGUGUGUGCUGUAAACAGCUGAAGAACGAGGGCAUAGUUGACAUAUUGCGAACAGCCUGCCAGUUACGGUUAGACAGGGGAGGAAUGAUCCAGACUUGUGAACAGUAUCAAUUUGUCCAUCAUGUCAUGAGCUUGUACGGAAAACAGCUUUCUAGAACAGCAGAAGAAUAAAUGUCCAUUAUAUUCCUAAAGGCUAAAGCCAAGAGAACUUUUGACUGCAUUCAGAUAUAUUUCAGAUCUGAUAAGAGACACAUGGUAACCUGGCUGUCUUAGCUGGAAAGAUAUAUUAUUUUACUUUGAUACUGCUUUUAUGCUCUUGUUUGCAUUGACAUUUAAGAGCUGAGAUACACCUUGUCUUAAACAUACGUGACAGGACAUAAUCUUCACCAAAAAAGGCUUAUUUAUACUGUAAAUAAGAAUAGUAGCUUCAUUUGUUACAAAAGCAAGAAAAAAAAUCAGAAAAAAUCCACUGUCUUCAGUUUGCUACUUUUUAAAAGAUCAUUGCUAAUAUAUCCAAAUACAGUGUGAAACUUUUUGAAUUGUCAUGCUGCAAUGUGCCGUAUGUUGACUAAGCUUGAAAGUAACUUUUUGCCUCUUUCUGAUUGUUUUUACAUAUAAAAUUACCGAAUACUGUGUAUAUCGUAAACUUUCUGAGCCUCUGCAUUGAAAGAUUCAAGUAGAUUCACAUUGAAAUGAUGUUUCACACAUCACGUUUGCUUGUUUAUUUUUUCUGAAGCAGUCCACCACCAGUGUUAUCAGAACUAAAGGGGGGAAAAUAUUUCAGUUAUGUGAGUCAAAUCCUUGCCUCAAAUUCUAACCUUGAGUUCUUACCAGCACUGUAGCUCAGUACCAUGACGGCUGGCUGAAUAUGAGACGAAUAGUAGAAGCAGAUCUGAACAUAAAUUCUUCACACUUUACCUUUUCUUUGUCAAUAUUUUGGCAUUUCAGUCAUCUGGCAAACUUGCAGAUAGUUUCUAUUUUUAAGCAGUCAGACCACAAUCUGAAUACAAUUUCCUCUGAAAUCUGAGAUUCAAAAUCGGGUGAGGAAUUUUGUGAGUUCAUAUUUAUUAAAAAUCUGUUAAUAAAAUCACUUGUAAUCUGUGAAUUUAAACUCAUUUCAAAACUUUGAAGGUGACCGGGUGCCCAAUGCUUAUUAAAAUUAACAUAAAUUCUGUAGGCAGCUUUAAAAAAAAAAAAUCAUUCUGAACUUGUUGGCUGCUUUUUGAUAAAUUUGCCCUUAACCCAAAUUUAGACAAUCAUUAGCCCAUUCUAACCACUAGUGUUUCCUUUUAACUAUUACAACCUGCUGCCCAUCUUUUCUGUUUCAGAACUCAGUCAGGCUGUGAAGACCGUAUUUUGUGUUUAAUGCUUACAGGUAACCACAUGUUUAAGUGCUUCACUGAGCAGAGAAAAAUGGAGGUAUGCAGGAUCCUUGACAUGAAAGAUGAGUGUUUUGUGAAUAGAAGCUGUAAUGACCUACUAAAAAUAUUUUUGCUUCUCUUUAUUUGUAACAAUAACCAACACCCACUGCUUAUAUUAGUGCAGGAGAUUCUGCGAAUUUACUGCACUUGAUAGUCAGGAGCAGGUAAAGCAGCUCUCAGAACAAUAAGGACUGAUCCUGCUCCCAAUGAUGUUUUGCCAUUGACGUCAGUAGGUGCAGGGUAGGCCCUGAGAUGUUAUGCCUACAACUUCUUCACUGUGGGGAAAGUUUCCCAUUAUUUCAGUACACACCUUUGUGUUUAUUCUGUAUCCAUGAACCUGUAAAAAUCCUGUCUGCAGGGUUUGCAUGAAUGUGUGGCAAAAUGUGUUAUCUUUAAACCUCUUGAUUUUAUUGCUGUAUUUAAAAUAUUUCCUUCAGUGAGAAGCUAGCAGGAAGAACUGGCAUUCUUUUUUAAAAUACUGGUGGUAGUCAUUAAAUAGAGCAAUAAACUUAAGCUUUUGAGCAUAA